GAAGCUUGGAACAAAUUCAACUCCGAAGAGCGGUAGCCUGAGAUCAUAGUCCAAAUUUAUACACUUUUUGGCUACAAGCUGUGUAACUCUAGUAAUGCUGCCAUGUUGAGGGCUUUGAGUACCAGGAGAUGCCCUCACAGGUACGAGCGACUCGAGGAGGAUCCCACCAUUAGCUUGUUGGAAGUGAAGCUGAAGAGGGCAACCAGUUUGCCAACUCGAGCACUCAGUUCUGGAUCGAUGAAACCGAUAUCUGAGACAAUUGCUCAAGUGAAACAGAAGCAGUCAAAGAAAGGUAACAACAAAGGGGGACACCCUCUUUUCAGUUUCUUUGAUUUUCGCCGCAAGAGGAAGUCAACAGCGAAGCCUGAAUUUGCAAGGUAUGUAGAGUAUGUGAAGGAAGGAGGACUAUGGGAUCUGAAAGCAAAUGCUCCUGUAAUCUACUUUAAAUGAUUUAAUUCUUCUUUGGUUCUAAAUUUUACAAGGGAGAUUGAAAUUAUCAACAGUCUUCUGUCCAAGUUCUUCCCUUGUCUUUUUCUUCUGAAUAUGUUACAGAGCUUUGAGGUUAAAGAUUGAGUUGCCUCUAAUCUUUCCCUUCUUAUAAUUAUAAAGUUAUUUGUUUC